GCGGGGCCGCCAGCCGCGGCGCGGGUGAAGAGCGAGGGGGCGAGCGGAGGAGCAGCGCGGGUGGCGGCGCUCCAUGGCCGACGGGUCGGGGUGAGGCGAGGCGAGGCGGCGGGCAUGGCGGGUGUCAGCUACUCGCCGCCCUGGUGGGUGAGCCUGCUGCACCGCCUGCCGCAUCUCAGCCUGCGCUGGGAGCUCACCGCCGCCGACUUCCGACCGCACGACGCUGAGUACCAGCAGGCCCUGUUGCUGUUGGGUGGCAUCGCUCUCUCCUGCCUCGCUCUGGACCUGCUCUUUCUCCUGUUCUACUCUUUUUGGCUGUGUUGCCGCCAUCGGAAGAGUGAAGAACAUCUCAAUGCUGACUGCUGCUGCACGGCGUGGUGUGUCAUCAUUGCAACACUGGUGUGCAGUGCUGGGAUUGCUGUGGGCUUCUACGGGAAUGGGGAGACUAGUGACGGCGUUCACCGGCUGACAUACUCGCUACGCCAUGCGAACCGCACCGUGGCCGGUGUCCAAGACCGGGUACUAGAUACUGCAGUAGCCCUGAACCAAACAGUGGAGCCAAACUUGGUUAUACUGGAAGAGAUGUUCACAAAGCAGACAGACUACCUGCAUGUUAUCCAGAAACUGCAGGGUCUCUUGGAUGGUCUGGUCAGGCAAACAACUGAGAUCCCCUUUUGGAAGAAUGAAGAGCUGUCCCUGGAGGAACUGGCAAUUCAGAUUGACCUCUAUGACUGGUACAGAUGGCUGGGAUACCUGGGCCUGCUCCUGUUCAAUGUCCUGAUAUGUUUGCUGGUGCUCUUUGGGCUCAUUAGAAACUCCAGGGCCAUUCUUAUGGGGGUGUGCUUGCUUGGGGUGUUUGCUCUGAUUAUCAGCUGGGGAUCCCUGGGUCUGGAGCUGGCUGUUGCUGUGGGUUCCAGUGACUUCUGUAUUAACCCUGAUGCUUAUGUCUCCAAGGUGGUUGAAGAGAAUGCAGUGCUUAGUGCUGAUACUCUCCGCUAUUACAUGACCUGCAGUGCUGGAUACCCCAACCCUUUCCAGCAGAAGCUGUCAGGAAGUCACAAGGCUCUGGUAGAAAUGCAGGAUGAUGUUAUGGAACUCAUGAGAUCAGCGAGCAAAGAGCACCCCACCUCCAAGGAGUAUCUUGCUCGGAUCCAGGAGGUUUUAAAUUCAACAGAGAUCAACUUGCAGCAACUGACAGCUUUAGUAGACUGUCGGAGUCUGCAUUUGGAUUACGUCCAGGCUUUGACAGGCUUUUGCUAUGAUGGAGUGGAAGGCCUCAUCUACCUGGUUCUCUUCUCCUUUGUCACAGCCCUCAUGUUCAGUUCCAUUGUGUGCAGCGUCCCACACACUUGGCAGCAGAAGAGAAGCUCAGAUGAUGAUGGGGAAGAAGAAUCAGCUGCUCAAGGGAGUAGACAAACACACGAUAAUCUUUACAGAGUGCACAUGCCCAGCCUGUAUAGCUGUGGGAGUAGUUAUGGCAGUGAGACCAGCAUUCCAGCAGCAGCACACACAGUCAGCAAUGCUCCCGUCACGGAGUACAUGAGCCAGAAUGCAAAUUUCCAGAACCCCCGUUGCGAGAAUACCCCGCUCAUUGGCCGGGAGUCCCCACCUCCCUCAUACACCUCCAGCAUGAGAGCCAAAUACCUCGCCACCAACCAACCUCGUCCAGAUGCUGGCAGUGUGCAUUAAAACGAAAAAGCAAAAAAACAAAACCCACCCGUGCAGUCAGACUAAACAAUGUGCCAACUGCUGUGUCCCUGUGCUGUCCUCCUAGAACAACCCUGCUGUUCUGCCCAAAAUCCAGUGCAGCUCCUUCUGUUUCUCCAGUCCAGACCACCCCUCCAACCUGGUACCUGGCCACUGGAGCUGAAGCCCCUUUUGAAUUUAAGCCUUCACUUUGUUGUACCUGAUGUGUGAGUGCCAGCAGGCAUGCAGCCGAGAGCACCCAGGAAAGAAGCUGCUUCCACCUGCCUGGCUGCCAAUUGAAAAUCAGAGUAGCUAUCAGAAAGAAAAAGGAGGUGAAUAUCUUCUGCCCCGUUUUUCCCCAUUUCUGUUCCCCAGAGGGACUUGGUGAAAGAUGGUGGUAGAUGUUCUUCACUUCUGCAGAGGGAUGGUCAGUUUGCCCCAGGCUGAAGAAGCAGAGGCUGGUGCCCGGCGUACGGCGAGGGAGUGCUGAAGCAACGCACAUGACAGUGCUUGAAUGGGAGUCCUCUGCUCCAGGGCCCUGUGUGAGGGAGGAGGGAAGCUCCUGCCUCAGUGUAAUUUGCAGCAUGUCCACUGUAAUUUGGGAGCCUGAGACUCUUAUAGAGCAAACCAUUCCACUACCCUGGUUAACUUUAAAAAACAAAACCAAACCAAGCCCAGCACCAAAACAUUAAGAAAAUGCCUUUAUCUUUCCCACUCUAUCUAGCAUGUGAAUUCUUGAGGAGGAGCAGUGGGUCUCAGCACCAGUCAACUACCCUGUCCUUUGCUUUGAUCCUGACCUCUUUACUCGAUGAGGGAAGCCCAGGUGCUUGCGGAUGGCGUUCUGGGUGCUGCCUUUGUGGGGCUGACACACAGAUCCAACAGGAGCCAGACACCCACUUGGUGCCAAAUUUUUUCCAGGAGAAGACUCAUAAGACUUUCUGGGGGGGUAUUUUUGCACUGAAGAGUUUCAGCUUUCUGAUGCUAGAUCUUAUGGGACAAGUUGGCUUGCAAAAGCAAGAGAGACUGGAAGUACCAAUGGAUUUAUAGCAAAUGCAAACUCUCCCUGCAGGAGUGACCUGUGAACUCUGCUGGACUUCUUAUUUUUGUGGUUUUGGGGUUUUUUUUUUUAAUCAUAAUGUACAGCACAGGGCUGCUGAACUGCUGGCAUUGAGGGAGGCUUUUGAAGCCUCAGUCCUAACAAACUCACAAGAUUGUCCGUGUAUCUUUUUCUGUGUUCCAGAGUCAGAAAUCCAACUGACAUCUGGAGAACAUUGUGACUGUCAGCACAAUUUGGGGUGGUUUUUUUACUUAAUUCUGUUUUAUUUCACUUUGUUUUGCAAGGCACGUUGCUAACCACUAGCUGACCAUAUUAAGGCACAUGUAAGGCAUUUUUCUAGACAUGAGGCAGAGGGAGGCUUGCGAAGAGGCAGCUGAGUGUCUCAGAGGGCAUCAUCCUCCAUUGGUGCUGUACUUCCCCCUGAAGAGCAGUGCUCCAAAGGGCACUGACAGCUUCCUGCUGGAAGAGGAGACUGUCUCUUGGGAGGUGCUGUCAAGUACUGCCCUUUCAGCAGGGUAACUGUGAUAUUCCUUUCUGUGUUUUUACCUCUGAGCAGGGACAUAUUGGCAGAGCUGCUGAGCAUUCUGUUAAAUAACUGGCAGAGGAAAUAAAGUGGGAAAUGUGUCUCAAACUGGAGUUGAGCCAUGGGCAGAGGCAGUUAGCCUUCACCUCAGUGUUGUUCAGACUUGGUGUCUGUUUACCCCACGUUUGCUGUAUGGGGCAUAAAAUCUACCAAACUGCCUUUACUCGAGUCAGUUGCCUUCUUGCAGUGAGGUAGGGAUUGCUCCUGGCAGGCAGCUAACUAGGGUGAUGAUAUCUGCUGUAAAAUGGGGCCAGCUCUGUGGAGGAGAAAGCUUUGAGACUCCUCUUAAGGUAAAAACCACUAAUAGACUGUGAAAGCUGUAGGCCAGCUACUACCACUGAAAGGAGCGAGGGAGCUGGGGAGGAGACACCACUGUGCAGACAGGAAUAGAGAGUUUUGGAGAAAGAUUAACACUUCCCCUUAAGUCUCCAGAAGCAGAAUUUUCUCACUCAGGACUGAGUCUGCCCUUUCAGACACGUUUGGGCUUCACACUGAAACAUACCUCUCUGUUAGCAAAUAACAAGGGCAGGGAAAUGUGGUCAGAGGUGGUAGGGAGGGAUGCGCGAGCACCAGAUUUUCCACCCUGUCUUAGAGCCUCCCAGGAGCCCCAGGCAUGUGAGCAUGGGGCAGGGUCAGCUUGCAGGGCCCAAAGCACACAACUGCUAUCUCGGGGGAGCUGAGCCUUCCCCUCCCUUUGGAGGAAGAAGCAAGAGCCAUAUAAUCUUUAUUGAGACUGAAUUGUUCUGCCAUCCUCUCUCCUUGCAAGGAUGUGCUUGGAUUGCUAUUUACUCUGUCAUUUUUAGGUGAGCUGCCUGGAUUUGGCAAGUGUUUGGAAGACUGGAGGGUGUGGGGAGCCCUGUGAAAAGAAGCACUUCUGUAUAUUGACUUUUCUGUACACAGAAUGGGUCCUGAACACGUGUGUGACUGCACUUUGGGUUGAAUUUCAGUUGUGGCAGUGGUGUGCCAGCGGGGAUGGUGAGGGAGCAAGCCAAUGCCUUUUUGUUUGCAGCAUUUAGUGGAGCAGCCUCCUUGUCCUGCCUCCUCCCAAGGUUUGACAUAGCCACUCGGAACAGCCGCAACAACUCCUGACAACGUUUGGGGCUUUGCAGCACAGGUGUGGAGAUACAUGCUCCGUGACUUCAAAACAUAACUGGAAGGAAGGUCAGGGAGAUAACAUUUUGCUCUCUGGAGGCCAGCGUACCGUGACUGCGGUGUGUGAGCUGUGUACCUUUGUCCAGCCAGCACUUCCUUUACUUGAAGUGGAUAUUGCACUUUCAUAAAGCAUCCUGGAACUCUGCUGCCCCGCUGCAUGCUGUGCAGAGCGCUGGAUAGGAAACACAGACAAAUGGGUUUCUUUUGGUUUAUUGUUGUUGUUCCUUUAUUUUUUUUCCCCCCUUUUGUUUACUGGAACCUUGAGCAACAGUAUGGCAUUUCUGCAGGCUGCUCUGAGGGAUCUGCAGCAGAACAGAUGGCCUUUGCCUAUUCUUAUGGCUGCGACAUAAUCAGUCUCAUCCAUAUGGUCACAUUUUGUCUGAGGAGGAGACUUUGGAAAGCCAAGACCUCCCAGGCUCUGUGCCUCCCGCUUGGGCCAACAGCAGGUGCUAUCUGGCGAAGACUCAUCUGUUCUAGGUGGCAUUCAUGGUUGAGGGAGUCCAAACUCUUCAAGCUGUAGGAGGUAAAGCUGUAGAGACUUUUCUCUCUCCCAUCAUUUGUCUGUUUUCAAUGUGACGAAAUGCCAAGGCCAUAUCACUUGGUGUGUCCCAGCUGACCUUAUCGGAACAUCACUCACGUUACUGGUUGCGAGCACAAGGGUCUAGAAUUCAGGGGAGAUGAGAUUGGCCUCUGGACCCCUCGCUGACUGCAAACUGGAAGGCAGCUUGUCCGGUUGAAGGUGACUGCAUCAGUGAAGGCACUUUGUGUUACUUUUUCAGAAGCACAAAUGUGGUUGUUGGCUUGUCUGGUUGGCUUGGUUUUAUUUCCACUGCAUCAUCGUGUGUGAAUGAUACUUUCUUUUGGAACUGAGAACUCUUCCAAGCACACAAAACAUCUCCACAAUGUGAAAUGUAAAUAGCAUGUUGGACUCUUGUGUCCAGUGUUCAAGACUGCAUAGUAAUUGUAAAGGAAAUCGAAUCAAGACUUGGCUGUGAAUUUCUUGUGCUGUCUUGGGAAUAUAACUGUAGUGUUUGUAUCCUGUAUGUAUUAUUAAACUGAGUUCAUUUUAUGUGCUGAUAAAA